AUAAGUACUGCUGUCUGGAAGUGUGACACUCAGUUGAAGACUGCUUUCAGGAGAACACCGAUUACACUGCCGUACAGUUGGACGAUUUACCAGUCUACGCUCAAUUAAAAAAACAAAACAAAACAUGGCCGAUAGCAAAGAGCUUGACAUCAGUGAAUCCACAUGGAGUCCAGAGUUCAUUCAGGAGCUUCUUCCAUCUGUGGAGCGAACGGCUCUCCUCUAUCAUCUGUCAUUCUUGUGUCUGGGAGGCUUCCCAAAGCUGGAGCGUAUGAUCAGAGACCAAGCUAUUGAAACACAAAUGCUGUUCGGAUCCUCUGAGGCUGUUCUGCUGAAGUGUGCCGGUACGAGUUCCAACCUGGUCACCUCGCUGUUCCCAAUACUGAUAAAAGCUGUUGAGAAGAACAAACCCAAACUGGCUGUGAUCUACCUGGAGAAAGCCAAAACAUGGAUCAGUGACAUCAUCAGAGCCGUGGAUGACAUGGUGACGAGGUAUGAUCAACAAACCCAAAGUGUUGGGAAGUGCACCAGUGAUGUGUAUCAAGAACAGAAGUUGACUGAAGAAAAACUAACCAAACACUCUGACAAGAUGAAGGCUCUGGAGGAUUCUUUGGUCAAGCUUGAAGUGGAGCUGAGCAAUAAUGUCGAUGACAUGGAGGAAAUUGAGAAAAAAAUUGAAAAAAACACCCAAGAGCUGCUUUACCUGAUCAUAAAUAAUAGAAGUUGCCGUUCUUCUUUUUUAAGGGGCUUGUUCUCAUAUGAUGAUGCUAUUCGUGCUAAACAAGCCGAACUGACCUCUCUCGUCUCUGAAAAGGACAGUCUGCGAAACCAAGGGUGGGACAUCAAAAUCCAACAGAUUGAUCUUCAGCUGCAGAUGGCCAAUUUCAAAAUACAGCUGGGUGUGAUUCCAGAUCCUGUCCACCUGAAGGAAGUCCAAAAGUGUCUUGAUCAAAUCCGACAAAUUCUGGUUAAUCUUAAAAAGUUCUGGGAGAAAGUGUCUGUUACACUGGAGACACUGAAAGAGAAGACCUUUGUUGGGGAGGAACUGAUUAAAGAGCUGGAAGACCUGAAGGAGGAGUUUCUGAAGUCCAUUGAAGACACAGAAAAGGUUUGAAUCUAAUACGUGGCUGUUUCGGAGAAGUACCCUGAAUGGGCUGUGUGGAGAUCAACUUGACCUCCACUUAUGGUUGCAGAGUGGGAACGAGCCAAGUGUGUGACAUUCCAUCUCUUCCCAUCACUUAGCAGAAAGGUGUUUGGACUCACUCGCUUUUCCACUGUUAACGGAGCAGAGAAUCUGGAGUGUGCUUUAGGGACUAAGCGAGGAAUUCUGACCCUCACUCUCUCCCCUUGAGCAAAAGACGGGGUACGUGCAUGCCGCUUAAUGUCAGUGUACUGUUUCAUCUUGGCUUGUUUCCUUUCCACAGUGUCAUGGAUGUCAGAUGAAUUCGACAUAGGAGCAAUGGGCAAAAUGUCCAGUCUGGUUUGCAUUUUACAUCCAUAGAGCAGUUCAUAAGGUGAGGUUGAGGUAGUGGCAUGAGGUGUCGCACGAUUCACUUGAAGCCAGUUGGUCACAGCUUCCUUCCAAGGCUGUGACUGCAGGAUGGCUGUCUGUAUGCAGCCCUUCAGAGAACGGUGGAACCUCUCAAUAGCUCCAUUGGCUGCAGGGUAGUACACAGAUGUCUUGUUAUGGUGUAUACCCCUGGUCUUAAGAAAUUCAGCAAAGGCAGCUGAUGUGAACUGCGUCAGUGACAAUGCUUUCCGGAUUUCCAUGACGACUGAAAACGGUGGUCAGAAAAUCUAUGACACCAUCAGUUGUGGCAGAUGGGCAAAAGGCAAGUUCAGGCCACUUUGAAUAGUAGUCGGUCAACGUCACAGCAUACCGACAAGAAGGAAUUGCAGUCUCGAAUGGCCCAGCAAUAUCGAGGCCUAAUUUCUUCCAGGGACCGUCAGUGACUGAAAUAGGUUGUAGAGGCGCUGGAUGAGUGAGAGCUGUUUUGUCAUUAGACUGACAAGGGGCACAGGCAGAUAUACAGGUCUGAACCUGAGAGUCCAUACAAGGCCACCAGUAAAGGUCACGCAGCCGCUGUUUAGUGCGUACAAUCCCCUGGUGGCUUUCAUGGGCCAGGGUGAUCAGUGUAUGACGCAAUGAGACAGGCACCACUAAUCUGGAACCACGGAAGAUGUAAUGACCCCGCACUGAGAGUUCAUCCCUAAUUUUGUAGUAGGGCAUUAGAUUCUGGGCAACAGCCCAUAUAGAUGGAGGCCAGCCACGGCUAAUCUGUUCACGAAGAGCCACCAUUUCUAAGCAUGAGGAACAAGCACUGUCAAAGUCAGAGACCGGAAGGGAACUGAGUGUGGAAGAAAUCAGAGCCACAAGUUCAGGUUCCACAUCUGUAGAAGGAUCCGCUGGCACAUGCAGAGGGAGACGUGAAAGGCAGUCUGCAGUAUGGUUUUGUGAACCUGGUUUGUAAAUGACAUCAUAGGCAAAACAAAGCAGACCCGCCGACCAGCGGGCAAUGUGCAAUCCAGCCCUGUUCAUUCCUUUGGUAGAGAGUAAGGUUGUGAGUGCCUGGUGGUCCGUGCGCAAAGUAAAACGCCUGCCCCACAAAUACGUGCGCCACUUUUCUGUAGCCCACACGCAUGCAAGUGCCUCUUUUUCCACAAUUGAGUAUUUACGCUCUGCCAUUGUAAGUGUACGUGAAGCAAAAGCUACUGGUUUCUCUGUACCAUCAGGCUGAAUUUGGGCGAACACAGCACCCAGUCCAUAAUCACAGGCAUCGGUCGAAAUCACUGAGCGUAGGGAGGGGUCGAACAGAGCUAGGGCAGAGCUGGACACUAAGAGCUGCUUGACCUCAUCAAAACUGGUCUGGGCAGCUGCAGACCAUGUGAAAGUCUCUUUAUCUUUGACACAUUCAUGCAUGGGAGCCACCACCGUUGCAAAAUUCGGAAUAAACUUAGAGUACCAUGAAGCAAGGCCCAAGAAGGAUCGUAAGGCAGCGGCAUCAGAUGGUGCGGGAGCUUGAAGUAUUGCAUUAACGUGCUCUUGGUCAGGCAAAAUACCAUCUGCGGUAAUGACAUGGCCAAGGAAGUGGAGUGUGGUCUUUCUGAAAUGGCACUUUUCAUCAUUCAGAACCAGUCCAGCCUCUUUGAGUUUUAACAGAACAGUAUGGAGAGUAUGAUCGUGUUCAUCAGCUGUGCCACCGUAAAUUAGAUCGUCCAGAUAGUUCUGGACACCAGGUACUCCUUCCAGAAUGGUUGCCAUCAUCUUUUGAAAAGCUGAAGGAGCUGAUGCCAGGCCAUAUGAAACCCAGCAAAAUCUAAAUAGGCCCUUGUGUGUAAUGAAGGCCGUAAUGUCUCUACUGUCCUUGUGAAGUGGCACCUGGUAGUACGUGUUGGCCAGGUCGAUAGUAGAGAAAAGAGUAGCACCUCGCAGGCUGGAGAGAAGCUCAUCGACAUGUGGCAGAGGAUAACAGUCCAUGACCACAGCCUUGUUUGGUUCACGAAGGUCUGUGCACAUUCUUAUGCCUCCAUUCUUUUUUCUUGUAACUGCAAUGGGAGAAACCCAAGCAGAGGCAUCAAUUUCUUCUAUAAUGCCAGCCUGCAGUAGACGAUCGAGUUCAGUCGAGACAGCAUCCCUAACUGCGAAUGGUAAACGCCGCAGUUUCUGGCGCACAGGUUGGACUGUAGGAUCAACUUUGACCUUGUGUACGAACUGUUUCACACACCCAAUCUCAGGUGGAGGAGUAAUGAGAGGUUCAGUAGUGGUUGUGGACAGAACAGGAGUAGCUGGCGUCACAUCUGAGGUUGUAAUCAUAUCAGCAUUUAUCUAGAGAUGCAAGCUGCUAAUUAAGUCCAUACCUAACAAUGCAGUACCUUCCUCUACCACGAAGAAUGUGCCUGGAGUGCUCGAAUCCGCUACACACACUUGGGCAUGGAGACAUCCAAGUACUGGAAUGUGUGUCCGUGUGUAGGUCACCAGUCUAGCAGAAGGUGGAGACAAGGGGGUGGAGCUGAAGUAUUGUUUAUACACAGCAAAAA